AUGAGGCUGUCAAAGUUAUUGUGGCUGGCUGGGUCGGCAACCCUUAUCGAGGCCGCGGCGCUCGAUCAUAAUGGAGGAGAUGGAAAGCUGUCGAGGAGAGAUUUCGUGGCAUCGAUACUUAGCAUGCUGAACGACCCGAACGCGGUACGAAAGUUCACUGGCACGACGACCACGACUGUCGUUAAGACAGCACCACCAGGCGCCGAGGUCCCGAUUGCAACGCCGCCGCCGCCGCCGACGAACAAUGCUGGCGCAGCUCCCGCUCCCGCUCCCGUUGCCCCCGCCCCGGGCGUGAUUCAGUCGAUGGGCACCACACCGCCUGCUAGGAACUCGACAGGGGGUGCUGAUGGAAAGGGCAAGGAGGGGAAGAAGAAUAAGGAGGGGAAGAAAGACAAGGAGGGGAAGAAGGACAAGGGGGGGAAGAAGGGUAAGGGCGCAGAGAAACCGAAUGCCUCGUCACCCGCGUCGGGUGCGGCUCCGGCAGGCGGCGCGGCCACUCCUGCCCCGCCGCCAGUCAACAAUGCCGGUGGCGGAGCCGCGCCGAGUGGGCCUCGUGGUGGCGUCGGAGUCAGCAUCAUUCCGGUCCCUACUGCCCUACGAAAGACGACGCCAAACGGAGCGCCGGCCGCCUCGCCGGCUCCCGUCGCCGCCCCCGCCGCCCCGCCCGCUGCCUCGCAGGCUCCUGGUGCUGUCACCGGGGCCAACCCGCUGCCGCCCCCUUCUGGAAUCUCGUCCUUGCCCGUCUCCACGCUCCCGCCGCCUCCCGUUGGAACUGCGCCAAGCGCUGAGGCUCCGCCAGCGGCCCCUUCUGCUCCGGCCGCUUCGACUCCUGUCGCUUCAGCUCCUGCCGCAUCCACGCCCGUAGCUUCCGCUCCAGGUGCUUCUGCCCCGGCUUCUUCCGCACCGGUCGCCUCUCAACCGGCCGCUUCUUCCGCGCCGGCUAGCCCCAUAGCCUCCGCAGUACCGGCACCAUCAGCCCCGGCUGCAGCUCCUAUCGCCUCGGAAAUACCCGUGUCCUCGGCCCCCUCGGAACCCGUUGCCUCGUCCCUAGCCCCUCUCCCGCCUGCGGCUGAGACCUCGGAACCUGUCGCCUCGUCCCUAACCCCUCUCCCGCCUGCGGCUGAGACCUCGGUCCCCGCGCCCAGCUCGGCCCCUACUCCUAUCGCAGCACCUCCCCAGCCUGCUGCGACCCAAACCCCACCUGCUCCAGCGGCAUCGCUGGCCCUGCCAGUGGCCGGAGCUCCUGCGCCGACCCCGGCACCCGACACCAACAACGCUGCCCAGCCCAACAUCGUUAUCCCCAGCAACUUGUCGCUCAACUCCAAACUCAACCUUGGGAACCUGGCCAACCCAGCAAACGCAGCCAAAGCGCAGGGCCUUGCGGGCUUCGGCCGUGCCUAA